CUGAGAUUUGUCACUGAACCCUAAUCCAGAAGUGGCAUCCCAUUCGCAGCUUCCUAUGGUGGUCCGAUCAGAUUUGUACGAAACCCUAAUCCUGAAAUAGCACCCCAUCUUCAAAGCACGAACCUUUGCUCAUUUUUUGUUUUCGUUGCCGUUGGAUCACCGGUUGGACUCGUGCGGCAACCCUUGUCCAUCUUCCAAGCUCGAAGCUUUGGUCAUUUUGCGUUGUCGUUGUGAUUUUAAGGGAUGAGGCACUCUACAGGUUCGCUUGUGCGAGUUUGUUGAGAGGUUCAAGGUCUCCUUGGGAAGUGAAGUAACAGAGGAUGUAUGGAAGGUCGGGUCUCGAUAGGUUUAAGAAAUCUCAAUCCUUGGAGCCUUUCUCGGUGUCCGCCGACUCAGCUUCUUCAACUGCAACGCUUGGUCCGAAGAAUACAGGAGCCAGUGAGGUGGGUCAAACCCAGCAUGUCGGAGAAGGACAAUCGAGCUGGCAGCCGCCUGAUUGGGCAAUAGAGCCCCGUGCUGGUGUUUUUUAUCUUGAGAUCGUCAAGGAUGGUCAGAUCCUUGAUAAGAUUCAGCUCGAUCGACGGAGACACAUCUUUGGGAGGCAACAUCAGACCUGCGAUUUUGUGCUUGAUCAUCAGUCUGUCUCCCGCCAGCAUGCUGCCGUCGUUCCCCACAAGAAUGGCAGCAUCUUCGUGAUUGACUUGGGAUCAGCUCAUGGUACGUUUGUUGCAAACGAGAGACUAACUAAAGAAACCCCCGUGGAGCUUGAAGUGGGCCAGUCCUUGCGUUUCGCAGCUUCCACUAGAACCUAUAUUUUGAGAAAGAACAAUGCUGCACUCUUCCCACGUCCUCCACCACCGGCAGAGAUUAAGCUACCUCAGGCUCCUGAUCCCGCUGACGAGGAUGCUGUUGUUGCUUACAAUACCUUGCUUAACCGGUAUGGUUUGACUAAGCCCGAUGGAAAUGAAUCCGAAAGAGACAAACGUGCUGCUAAAAGGAUUAAGAAAUUAAGAGUGGCCUUCAGGGAUCAAUCUGGAGGGGAGCUUGUUGAGAUCGUUGGGAUUUCAGAUGGUGUUGAUGUAGGAACAGAACCUGGUCCGGUCGGUGUCAAGGAGGGCAGCCUUGUCGGGAAGUACGAAUCUCUUGUGCAAGUAACGGUGAUACCCAAAGGCAAAGAGCAGCAACCAUUGGCAAAGGAACUGAAGCCCUCUCCAGGAACAGGUGUGACAGAUAGGCUCCAAGAAGCACUGAAGAAGGUGAAAUCCAAUCCAAAGUCGGGGAUUUACGAUGAUCUCUAUGGGGAUUCGGUUGGGAAUGUUGUUGGUAAGUCAUGGGCUAAACCAGCUCCGCCUUCACCUCCCAAGGAGUUGAGAGGCGAUUCUAUUACAUCUCAGGGUGUUGUCGAGGAAGACAAGGAUGAUCUGUUUGGAGAUUGAGGAGACAAACAAUGUUCUUUGUAAAUGCUAAGACAAGGCUUGUUGUCAGUUAAAAUUUUUUGUGACGUUUCCGAGAGUUUGGACUUGGUGGGUGUUUUAUUGGGGUCUAAGAGCUAUCGGGAGAUUUGGCCAGAAGCGAGUAAAGUCCAGUCCAAUUCA